AUGGCCCCGUCCCCAAGCGUGGAGGAGCUGACGACCCAGUAUGGGCAGCUGUUGGCGAGCAUGCGGCAGACUUUCAAUUCGGGCAGAUCAAGGGACAUUUCCUGGCGUAAGACCCAGCUGAAGCAGCUGCUGAAGAUGUACGAGGAAAACCAUGAACUGAUCAGCAACACCAUCGCUGAAGACAUGGGUGGCACGAAGAUGCGAGGGAUGCCUGAGAUCGCAGCAGCACCAGGCGGCGUUGAUGAUGCGCUGGCCAACAUCGACUCCUGGAGCAGAGAGCGCUGGGUGGAAGGCUGGGUCCACAGGUUGUGCGUCCGCCCGGAGCCAAAGGGAGUCGUGCUGAUCAUUGCUCCAUGGAACGUGCCGUGGCAGCUGCUUAUCCGACCCCUGGCAUCCGCCAUUGCCGCUGGCAAUUUGGCCGUUUUGAAACCAAGCGAGCUCAACCCAAAGACCUCGCCACUGAUAGCCAAACUCAUUCACAAGUACAUGGAUCCAGACUGUUUCAGGGUGAUCGAGGGUGCUGUGCCGGAGACCACAGCGCUUCUGAACAACCGAUGGGACCACAUCUUCUACACAGGAAACGGGGCAAUCGGGCGUGUUGUCAUGGCUGCAGCCGCCAAGCACUUGACACCAGUGACCAUGGAGCUGGGCGGCAAGUCUCCAGUACUUGUUGACGAGACGGCAAAGCUGGAUGUGGCCUGCGGCCGCAUUGCCUUUGCCAAGUGGAUGCUUUGUGGUCAAAUUUGCGUUGCACCUGACUACGUGCUCGUGCACCGGAGUAAGGAGAAGGAGUUCAUAGAGAAAAUGACCGAACUCGCCAAGGCCAGCUAUGGAGAAGACGGCAGGCAGCAAGAAGAUUACGGGCACCUCGUGAACGAGCGACACACUGAGCGAGUGGAAAAGCUGAUCAAGACUUGCGGCGGAGAGGUCGUUCAUGGAGGAAUUGAGGGCGUCCGGAAGAGCGAGUGCUUCGUACCUCCGACCAUCAUCAAGCAGCCGAACAUGGAUGCUCCAAUUAUGAAGGAGGAGAUCUUCGGCCCGGUCCUGCCCGUCAUUCCCUAUGACAACUUCGAGGAGGCGCUGGAAAUCGUCAGGAAGGGGGAGAUCCCACUGGCUUUUUAUGUCUUCUCGGAGAGCUCCCGCAACGUGGAGAAGGCUUUGACCACUGUUCAGAGUGGGGGCGCCGGAGUGAACACCACCUUCGAGCAAGUCCUUCCGGAGUCUAUCCCAUUCGGUGGCUUGGGUGAGUCGGGAUUUGGAAUGUACCAUGGCAAAUUUGGCUUCGACGAGUUCAGCCACCAGCGUGCCAUUGUGCGGAAGUCCACUCUUCCAGGCUUUGGUGGUACACUGAUCCCUUUGCCGCAGGCCGGGCAGAAGCUCCCUGACUUCGUUUACCCUCUCGUUGUCAGGCUGCAGUUGGGCGUGCUCCCUCAGAGUCUGAAAUCUUGCUGGCGUGGUGUCUUCCACAUGUGCAUGGCACCGCUGCUGGGCAGACCUUAG